AUCCAUAAGAAAAACCGAAAGAGUAAAGAAUCCAUAAGAAAAACCGAAAAACCGAAAUUUACCGAUUAUUGGAAAUAGAGCAAAACUCCGGCACCGGCGCCCCGUUCGCUGAAUCGCUGGAAAGUCAAAGUAUUAUCAAGUAUAAAUUCCAUGGCGCCCAGCCACUACGAAUGGUCAAAAGAGGAGAAAUAAGAAGGUAAGGGAGAGAAGGGGUGCAGACGGAGGAAUGAAGAGAGAAUGAAAGGGUGGAUGGUGAGACUGUGAAACUCACCAUCGGAGAGAGGAUGGUAAGGGGAAAGGGAAAGGGCGGAUGGCAAAAAGUAAAACGAGGAUGGUAAAAAAAGUUCCACUGUAGUGAUCUCUUACAUGUCAUCGUCACUUGAGGCUUCUUCCUUCAUAACCAACCUCCUCCCUGUCCUUGCUCAAAGGGGCACAACCGUCAAAUUCCUCAGAAAAGCGCAGGAGCUUCAUGGCCUCAUUGUCACCUCCACGUCCACGGCUUCUAAAUCUCCGUAUGUAUUCAACAACAUCCUGUCCAUGUAUGUGAGAUGCGGAUCUCUUUCGGAUGCUAGGAAGGUGUUUGAUUGUAUGCCACAAAGAAACGUAGUCACAUAUAACGCCCUAGUGUCUGCACAUUCUUCUUGUCCCCGUCUGGGUGUCUUCUGUUUCCAACUAUUGACACGGAUGCAAGAGGAGAGACUCGCCCCCAAUGCCUCAACCUUUACGAGCCUAUUAAAGGCAUCAUCUACCAUAAAAAACUGGAUUCUGGGUUGCAUGAUACACGCCCAGUGUUUGAAGUUUAAUUGCCUGAUGAAUGUUCGUGUCCAGACAUCUCUACUGGGGAUGUACUCGAACUGUGGCAAUUUGGUCCACGCAAACAAAGUCUUUAGCGGUAUGGUUCAAGCAGAUUCAUUUGCUUGGGAUUCUUUAAUUUUCGGGCACAUUGAAAAUGGUGAGAUCAUAGAAUGUUUUCAACUUUUCAAAACCAUGCUGAGCACUGCAGUUAUUCCCACACAUUUUACCUUCUCUAUGUUAUUGAAUGCAUGUAGCAGGUUGAGAGAUUAUCGCACAGGGAAACUUCUUCAUGCUCAGUUGAUCCUAUCUGGGGUAUAUGCUGACCUACCUUUACACAAUGCUCUUCUUGAUAUGUAUUGUAAUUGUGGUGACGUGAUAACAGCAUUGGAUAUUUUUAAAAAGAUUGACAAUCCGGAUUCAGUGUCUUGGAACUCAAUGAUAUCUGGAUAUGCAGAGAACAGAGACGGAGAGAGUGCAAUGAGAAUGUUUGUCCAGUUUUUACAAAGAUCUCUAAGCCCACCAGAUGGAUAUACUUUUGCAUCUAUUAUUUCUGCCACAUGUGCAUAUCAGGCGGAGUAUUAUGGGAAACCCCUUCAUGCCCAAGCUGAGAAGGCGGGACUCGGGAGUAACGUCUAUAUUGUGAGUACAUUGUUAACCUUGUACUUUAACAUCAAUGAAGCUGAUUCAGCACAAAAGAUAUUCUCUUCAGUUUCAGAGAAAGAUAUAGUUCUCUGGACUGACAUGAUAGUCGGCCAUUGUAGAAUCGGUGACACCGAUGGAUCUCUCAGAUUAUUCCAUGGAAUGUUCCAGAACGGUCUAGAGAUUGAUAAAUUCACUCUUAGCGCAAUUCUCAACACUUGUGCGGAAGGAGCAACUCUUAGACAAGGAGAGAUGGUUCAUUGCCUUGUGAUGAAGAAAGGGUGUGGUUCUGAAAUGAGUAUUUGUGGGAAUCUUGUGGAUAUGUAUGCCAAAAAUGGAGACCUCAAAUCUUCAAAACUUGUGUUUUCACUUACAAAUAAACCAGAUUUAAAAUGUUGGAAUGCAAUGUUGGGAGGGUAUGGAUAUCAUGGGCAGCCUGAACAUGCAUUCAGGACUUUCAAUGAGAUUAUAAACAAUGGUCUAGAACCAGAUGAGGUAACAUUUUUGUCUUUGCUCUCCUCUUGUAGCCAUAGCGGUUUGUUCAUCAAGGCGAAGCACUUGUGGAACUCCAUGAAAGAAAAAGGGAUAAAACCGGGACCCAAACACUACUCCUGCAUGAUUGCAUUGUUGAGUCGGGCGGGGUUGCUAGAGGAGGCAGAAGAGUUCAUUAUUGAAGAACUCCCGGUUGGUGAUUAUCAUCACCUUGAAGCAUGGAGGAUUCUUCUGAGCUAUUGUGUUCGCUAUGGAGAUUUAAUAGUAGGGAUGAGGGCAUCCAGACAUGUGGUUGAUUUGGAUGCGACGGACAGUGCAACAAACAUAUUAGUUUCAAAUUUUUACGCUGCUGUGGGAAGAUGGGAUGAUGUCAGAGAGAUGAGGAGAAAGAUAAAAGAGACGGUGAUUGAGAAAGAUCCGGGUUUUAGUUGGUUAGAGGGAAUGAAUAACAAGACACAUGUAUUUUCUUCUUUAGAUCUGUCACACUUACAGAGUGGAAUGAUGGAAGCUAUGUUGCAUGGGUUGCUGGAAACAAUGAUACAUUCAGAAGCUGGUGAAUUUGACCUUACAGAAGAAGCCGACUCAUGCUACCAAACAGGGAAUUAAUCAGUUGGACAGCAAUGACACCUUCACAAGCUCAUGAUUUUAAAAUGCAAAAGAAAAAUUGAUAGAGACCAAUAGGUUAUUGGCGUUUCGACGUCACUGCCAACUGGGGCCCUCCACUGUGGACUACAUUGUACAGUGAGAAGAGCCCAUCUAGUCCAACCGGUUGUGGUCGCGUGGACUAAUCGUAGUGCAAUUUUUCUUCCUCCUCCUGGGAAAUGAAGAAACGUACAUGGAGCAGUCCCAAAUUCUAUUGAUCUGUCAAUGCCCCCAUGCUAAAAGAAGAUGCUAUUUGUAUUGUAGCAAAAAUGUGAACAGGGGUUCAACUUCUGGGGGUGAUAUUUAUGGCUCUGAUUUCAAAGAAUCGAUAGAAAUUUGUUGAUGAUUGACUAUUUUGUUUUUCUGAUUUAAUUUUCUUUGGUUUCCUUCACCUCUAU